AUGAACGAGCAACUGGGCUGCUGUUCCCGGUCACCAACGCACACGAAACGUUCAAUAAAUCCACCGAAGGCUGGCUCCUCGUACCUUCCUCCACUGCCCCUGCUCCCCAGGCCCCACCUCCCCGGCAGCCGAGACCAGGCAGGGCUCCACCCCGCGCCCCGGCGCCCGUGCCCCUCUCGGGCGGCGCUGCCUGUGUGCCGAGAGGUGCUGGUUGCAAACGCAGCCUGGCACCGGCUGGCCUACUACUCCCCAGCCCGGCCCCCAGCCUCCCGCUCGCAGGGCACUGCCUCCGCGCCCCCCGCCCCCCCGGCCCCAGCCGGCGCGGCCGCCGCGACCCUCGCCCCCGACCUCUCCCGACCCAAAGUUUUGGCGGAGGGGGAAAGUGCCCAAGGAGCGGGCCGGCUGGCGGCGGCUCCGGACGCGCGGGGUUCCCUCCGUCUUCCUCAAGUCCACCCUACCGGCUGCCGCCGCCGCCGCCGCCGCUGCUCCUGCCGCGGAGUCCUUGGGGCUGCAGCCCGGCGGCUCGCAAAGUCUUGCUCUGUCUCCAGGCUGGAGUGCGGUGGCACAGUCUCCGCUCACUGCAACCUCUGCCUCCCCGGUUCAAGCGAUUCUCCUGCCUCAGCCUCCCGAGUAGCUGGGAUUACAGGCUCACACCAGCAUGCCCACAAACCAAUGACAGAUGCUUUACAGAAAGUGUUCUAG